AUCGCGAGACAAGGCGAGAUGAAAAUGGCCGCAGUUACGCUACAGAGGAGUGUUGUGAGCCAGACUGGAAAACAUACUGCGUCUGUUAUCUUUCUUCAUGGCUCAGGAGACACAGGGCCGGGAUUACUCAGGUGGGUUUGCGAUGUGUUGGGACAAAACCUGGCAUUUGAAAAUAUUCGGAUGAUUUACCCCACAGCACCGGCCAGGCCCUACACACCCAUGCGAGGGGCUCAGUCUCACGUGUGGUUUGAUCGUCAUAAGAUUUCUCAGGACUGUCCAGAACAUUUGGAGUCAAUAGAUUCCAUGUGCAAUCAUUUAAGUGCCAUUGUCCAGGAUGAGAUUCAAGCAGGAAUACCCAAACACAGGAUGAUUAUUGGUGGGUUCUCUAUGGGCGGAGCCAUGGCACUAAAUCUGGUCUACAGAUACCAUCAGGAUGUUGCCGGUGUCUUCGCUCUGUCCAGCUUUCUCAACACGGACUCAGUUGUAUAUCAGGCAGUAGAGAACGCAGCACAGCGACCUCUACCUGAGCUUUUCCAAUGCCACGGCACAGCAGAUGAGCUUGUUUUCCAUAGCUGGGGUAAAGAGACAAACUCCCUGUUGAAGAAAGCUGGCCUCAAUACGCAAUUCCAUUCCAUCCCAGACCUCAACCAUCAGUUGUGUCAGCGGGAACUGGAGUUACUACGAUCCUGGAUCCUGAAGAAACUUCCUCUUUAAAGCCUCAUUAAUGCUGGACAAUGACCAUCGCUUUCUAACAUCCAACGGAGUAGUUGACUCAUAAAUGACUUCUUGUGUACUCAAAUGUCAUACCAAAACCCAUACUGAUAAUAUGUUUUUUGGGAACAAAUGAAUUUUGAGGAAUAUCCCUAAAGAUAUUCUAUGUGAAGCUAUUGUGAGGCUUAAUAAGACUUGAAGUGAACGAGAUAUAUAGACUACUUUAUUAGUGCUUUUGUGCUAAUAAAGUAUUUCAUUAAAUAGAAAAUGCUCACAAUGUUGAUACAUUGUCUACUGUAUGGUUU